GGGUAAUAAUAAAUAUAAUGAAACUCUACAUUGCCACUUUGCUUUUAGUGCUAGUAACUUUCACUAGUGCUAACAGAGUCACUGAUGCUGAAGACUUCUUGAGAGGUCUUGUCAGAGGAUCCCUCGGAUCUGUCGGAGAGGACAUCGUUGGAUGCAUCAAAGAUGGUGAACAAACUUUGAUUAACCUGUUCCAUGUAGCUGAAGAUUUUGAAAAGGCAGCCCUUCAUGGAAAUAAAGCUGCUUUCAAGGAAGCUCUCGGACUUAUUGGAGACAUUGUUAAGAUACUUCCUCACGAAGUUCAGGAAUGCAAAUCUGGUGCUUCUGCUGUCAAGAGUUUGGAAAAGAUCAUUGUUGAGUUUGUCAACCCAACUGCUCUUGUUGUCGAUGUCGGCAAGAAAAUCAUCUGGCACGCAAGAUCAAUCUACAAAGAUGUUAAACAGACCACUACCGACCUCAAGGCUCAUGAUUACGAAGAUGCUGGAUAUAGAAUCGGAGAUUUGAUCAAAAUUCUGUUCUUGAACAGCAAAUUGGGAACUCCAUUUGACGACGCUAGCUCUCUUCUUGAAUCUUUCUACAUGUCUGCUUUCAAACUCGAUUUAGAUUUGUCAUCUUGCGAAUCUCUUCUCGAUGGAUCUGUUGAGGACGUUUUUGCAGGUAUCAAGGAGAUGGUCGAACAUGAAACCUAUGACUCAACUAUCAUGGGAUUCAUCAAGUUCUACUUGGCAUCUAGAGAAUUAUACAUAAAUGCUCAUAGCUGCACAUCUGCCUGGGAUACUCUUAAAGAGGGAGGAAAUCAACUAGCUCCUUUUGUCCAGCAUCCUACUGAUAUUAUCGAUGCUGCUCAAGCUGCCGCUAAGAGUAACCCAAUCACCGUUGCUAAGGAUUUAGCCACCUUGAAGAAGGGUCUUGAUAGCGAUCCAACUGACUACGCUAAGGUAGGAUCCUCUACAGGAGACCUUGUCAGACUAGUACUUAAAAAGAUGUAAUAACACUUUUUCUGAAGUCAUCCCAAUGAACCAAUAUUAUUUAGUGUUU